CAUCAGUCCGCAUAAUGAUUUGGUAAAGUCUCACGUGGGAUGUCCUGACACAACACUGACCCUGUGGGCGGGGCCCAGGUAAAGCCUCCUGACACAACACUGACCCUGUGGGCGGGGCCCAGAAGUGUUGGGAUAAAAGUAAAGGUUUGCAGAGAUGGUGGAGGGUCCGGGCUGCACUUUGAAUGGAGAGAAAAUCCGCUCGACAGUCCGGAAAGGGCAGAAAGUAGAAGAGAUGAGAGGAAGCUUGACGACGACGCCAGCAGGCACGGAGAGAUGUACCUUCCAGGUUUUUCAUGGAUCUCAAUACAGUGGCGUCGAAACUCUGGGGAAGGAACUCUUCAUGUACUUUGGUCCAAGAGCACUGAGAGUGCACUUCGGAAUGAAUGGAUCCAUGCGCAUAAAUCCUGCCGAGAAGAAGGACCGGAGGGGUUCUGUCCUGGUACUAGAGAUUCAUCUGACUAAUGACGUUGUCUGCUUCUUUGACAGCACGGUGGAAAUCAGGUUCUCGGAGGACUGCCAGGAGAGGGUAAGAGCACUUCAGUGUCUGGACGUCUGCUCCCCAAAGUUCAGCUGCUCACGGGCCGAGGAGGCGAUGAGGAGGCAGGCGGCCAAGAUGCUGUGUGAUGUCCUGCUGGAGCAGGCCGUCCUACCAGGAGUUGGAAACAUUAUUAAAAACGAAGCUUUGUUCGACUCCGGCCUCCAGCCAGCCGUGAAGGUCCAGCAGCUGAAAGACGAACAGGUCCACCACUUGGUGAAGAUGACAAGAGAUUUCACCCUUCUGUUUUACAAGUGUCGUAAAUCCGGCUCUCCUCUCUACAAACAUUACAAAGUCUACAAACGCUCCCGCUGUGGCCAGUGCGGGGGUGUCAUCACUGUCUGUCGUCUCGGGGAAAGCGGCAGGAUGACUUAUUUCUGCCGGCGCUGUCAGAGCGCUCAUCCAGCCGAAGUCACCAUCAGCAAGCUUCCAGUUAGGAACAGCUUGCUUGACUGGGCCUACAAGGAAGGAAGCAGUGACCAUGUUACCAAAAAGGAGGACGAGGAAUGGGCGUGUCUGCUCUGUACCCUCAUCAACACGGAGACAGCGAAGGCUUGUGAUGCCUGCCUCACUCCAAGACCCGAGGUUCCCAAAGACGACACGAGUGCUGAAUCAUCACUCCUCACCAAAGAGUUGAUUAAAUAUCCCCACAAUGCCUUCACCAAACCACGAGAGGAACUUAAAGUCAACUGGAGGUCUGCGUUCGGGACCACCACCCUGCUUUUCUCCAACCUGAGCGAGACACCAAAACCUGUAAACUCCCCUCUCUUCCCAGCUGCCAGUCAUUCGAAUUCCUUGUCGCCAGAGCAUGGCUUAAAUAAAUACAGCUUCUGCCAAGGGACAACAAGCCCCAAAUAUGCCUCUGGUGGCCGAUGGAAGCGAAACACAGAGCUCUCCCAGAAGGAAUCACUGGCCUCCUACAGUCACGCAUCCAAGAAAAUGAGAACUGAUCACACUCCCUUUCCCGCUAACGACACUGGAACCCCCAACUCAGGUUCCUUCCAAAUCAAAGCUGUGAGGGGAGGCUCCUUCAUUCCUCAGAGUCCUGGCGCCCUGUGUUGUGAGUCUCAUGGUCGUCCAGCCACGCUCCGUGUGGUUCACAAAGAGGGUGCGAAUAAGGGACGGCAGUUCUACUCCUGCUCCCUCCCCAGAGAGACCAAGUGUAACUUCUUCCAGUGGGCGGACUUGCACUUUCCCAUGUGUCACCAUGGGAGUCGCUGUGUGAUGAGGACAGUUCUCAAACUGGGACCCAACAAUGGACGCAAUUUUUAUGUCUGUGGCUCCAAAAUGGGAAAACAGUGCGACUUUUUCCAGUGGGCGGAGAAUGGGCCAGGGGUGUCCAUCCUUCCCGGAUGUUAGGAUCUGUAUUAGGGAUGGUCUUUUGUCCUGGACAGAAUUCCUCAGCUGGACGGAUGUGUUUCAGCCAGUAUUUGAUGGAAAGAUGCAGCGACCUUAGAGCUCUUCACCUUAACAGUCAUUAGAUUUGUACAAACCUAGAUUACUUCACUUCAACCCAGAAUCCCUAAAUUCCCUCCAGGGAUUAAUUAUGUUAUACAUACACACACACACA